UGGGUCUCUUGAUCACAUGACACUAAAUAUGGCGGAGAAUGUACCUGUCGUCGAUUUUCAACAUGUGCCGCAGACGGCUGCAGCUGACAGAUUAAAGAAGUUGACAGAAAAUUUUGAAAAAAGGUUUGGGUGUAAACCAGAAUUUUUCGGAAGAGCCCCGGGAAGAGUAAAUUUAAUAGGGGAACACAUCGAUUACUGUGGUUACUCAGUGUUGCCUAUGGCGAUAGAACAGGAUGUUGUUAUUGCCGCAGCAGCAACAAAAUCUCAAGAAGUUUUACUUUCAAAUGUAAAAAGUGAUUUAUACAGUGAUUUUGAAUUUCCAAUUAACAAUGUGGAUAUCAACAAAGAUCAUCCGCGGUGGCAGGACUACUUUCAAUGUGGAUUUCUUGGAAUGGUGGAACACCUUCAGCUCCAGUCCACGGCCUGUGGAAUGAGGUGUAUGGUGGACGGCUCGGUUCCUCCGAGUUCUGGCUUGUCCAGUUCUAGUGCACUUGUGUGUUGUUCUGCCCUGGUCACAAUGCAUGCAAAUGGUCAAAGUCUACCCAAGGACAAGUUGGCAGACAUGUGUGCUAGAUGUGAGCGCUAUAUUGGAACGCAGGGAGGAGGGAUGGAUCAGGCCAUAUCAUUCAUGGCUCAGAAAGGAACAGCUAAGUUGAUUGAGUUUAAUCCGCUGAAAGCCACUGAUGUGUACCUGCCUGAUGGAAUUUCUUUUGUGAUUUCUAACAGCUGUGUGGAGAUGAAUAAAGCAGCGACAUCAGAAUUCAACACUCGGGUGUUAGAGUGUAGAAUCGCAACUCAGAUUCUGGCCAAGAAGAAAGACCUCCAGUGGGCUAACUUUCAGCGUCUGGGAGAUGUGCAGAAGGCGCUGAAUUUAAGUCUGCCACAGGCUGUAGAACUUGUCCAAAAACUGCUACACAAGGAACCUUACACUCGCUCUGAAAUCUGUCAGAUUCUGGAAAUGAAAGAGGAGGAUUUUGUAAACAAUGUUCUCAGUGCCAGGACUACACAUGUGCAAUCUUUCAAGCUUUUUCAACGCGCCACUCACGUGUUCUCUGAGGCCGGACGGGUCCUGUCCUUUAAACACAUCUGUGAUGAGGCAGAUCCCUCUGCCCCGCAGAAACUGGGGGCACUGAUGAAUGAAAGCCACACCAGCUGUAGGGAUAUGUACGAGUGCAGCUGCACUGACCUGGACAAUCUUGUCAAUAUCUGUUUGGAGUCAGGUGCCCUGGGAUCCAGGCUGACGGGAGCAGGCUGGGGAGGAUGUGCAGUUUCCAUGGUACCGACCAAUGAAGUGAUGAAAUUUCUUGUCAAAGUCAAGGAAAACUUUUAUGACAAAAUUCCAUCCAAGGCAGCUUUGGUAGGGACAUCUUUGUUUGCCACACAGCCAGGAAGUGGGGCCAUGAUCUACCUACCUUCCUCUAGUUAGAGGAAUUAUACACAGCCAGGAAGUGGGACAAUGAAUUAUACACAGCCAGGAAGUGGGGCCAAUUGUUAGAGGAAAUAUCAGGGACUUGUAUUUUACCUCUCAAUGAGAUUGGGAUGUAUUUGAUUAUGUUAUCUAUAGUGCCAUGUGUAAUGACUUGCUUAUCUUGCUGUCUAAUGAUAAAAUAUUGGGUCUCUUUUUUAAAGUCCUGUGGAAUCAUUUAAAUUUGUGGGGGCUAAUUUUUAUGCCCCCGAGAUCGAAGAUCCGGGGGGGGGGGGGGGGGGGGGGGGGAUAUUGUUUUUGUCCUGUCUGUCAUUCUGUCUGAAACUUUAACCUUGCUAAUAACUUUUGAACAGUAAGUGAUAGAGCUUUGAUAUUUCACAUGAGUAUUCCUUGUGACAAGACCUUUCCAUUGAUACUAAACCUUUUGACCUUGACAUUUGACCUACUUUUAAAAAAAAUGACAUUGGUCAUACAUUGUAACUUCCAAAUGGUAAAUAUUAGAGCUUUCAUAUUGUACAUGAACAUUUAAUUCUUGUGACAAGAUCUUUCUACUGGUACCAAGAUAUUUGUCCUUGUGACCUUGGCCAUCUUCGGAAUUGGCCAUUAUCGGGGGCAUUUGUGUUUCACAAACACAUCUUGUUGAAUUGUGGAGAUUUUUACUGUUUCGUUGGAAUGGAAUUUCGUAUGGUAUCUAUACAGUGGCAAAUUGUGUAUUUCGUUGUAGUUUGAUAUUCUUGGGAUAGGGGUAUCCACAAAAUCCAGGAAAAUUGAACCUCGUAAAAUCCAUGUUUCCACAGUAGAGAGUGGUAUAUAGCGAGUCAUUACAUGAAUUGUAAUUUUUCGAAUAAUUUGUACAUUCUACCAAAUACUUUAGCAUAUAUAAGAUGCUACUCAGAAGAAAAAAUACAUUCAAAUUAUGUACAAUUAUCUUGUUAUCUAUUAUUAAAAUGUUCUUCCUAGUCAAA